CACCACUUCUUGCUUUCUGAUCUCAGCAACUUAACAGCAGCAAUGCAGGAACCAAAACAAAACAUAGUAAUGUUUCCCUAUAUGGGUCAAGGCCAUAUCAUUCCUUUACUAGCAUUGGCCCUUCGUAUAGAGAAAACAAACAAAUACACCAUAACUUUUGUUAACACCCCUUUGAAUAUCAAGAAACUCACUUCAUCUCUCCCUCCAAACUCCUCCAUUCAUCUCCUUGAACUCCCUUUCAAUAGCUCAGAUCAUGGCCUCCCUCCUGGUGCUGAAAACAUGGAUUCCCUUCCUUAUCAUCUCUUCAUCUCUCUCUUUCAAGCUUCUCUGUCUUUGAAACCCCAUUUCAGGAAACUUAUCUCCAAUCUUAUCCAUGAACAAAGUGGAGAAAAACCAGUUUGCAUCAUCUCAGACAUGUUUUUAGGAUGGUGUAAAGAGAUAGCUCAAGAGUUUGGAAUAUUUCAUGCUAUAUUUAUCAGCUGUAGCGCCUUUGGUUCUGCCUGUUACUACUCUUUGUGGCUAAAUUUACCUCACCGGAGCACUGUUUCUGACAAAUUUCUGUUCCCAGAUUUUCCUGAAGCUUCUACCUUUCAUGUCACUCAAUUGUCAGAAGUUUUAAGAGUUGCGGAUGGGAGUGAUCCUACGACAGCGUUUCGAAGGAAAGAGCUGCUUUCUCCCUGGAGUAAAGCUGAUGGAAUUUUGUUCAACACUGUGGAGGAGAUUGACAAGCUUGGAUUGAUGUACUUUAGUAGAAAACUAGGCCGUCAGGUUUGGCCUAUUGGACCUGUUCUUUUGGCUCCAGGAUCCCAAGCUCGAAGCAGAAGAGAUUUCGGAAUCUCCCCGGAGGAAUGUAAAUAUUGGCUUGACAAUAAACCUUCUUGUUCAGUUCUCUAUGUUUCAUUUGGGUCACAGAACACUAUAUCAGCAUCAAAUAUGAUUCAAUUGGCAAUGGCUUUAGAGGGUUGUGGCAAGACUUUCAUUUGGGUUGUCAGGCCACCAAUAGGCUUUGACAUCAAUUCAGAAUUUAAAGCGAAUGAAUGGUUGCCUGAGGGAUUUGAAGAGAGAAUCAAACAGUCAGGACGUGGGCUAUUGGUUCACAAAUGGGCACCCCAGGUGGAAAUUUUAUCUCACAAAUCUUUAUCUGCAUUUCUGAGUCAUUGUGGGUGGAACUCCUUGGUUGAAGCAUUAAGUUAUGGCGUGCAGAUUCUUGGGUGGCCAUUGGUGGCGGAGCAGUUUUACAAUGUGAAGUUGCUGGAGAAGGAGAUUGGAGUUUGUGUGGAGGUUGCAAGAGGGAGGAGUUGUGACGUUCUUCAUGAGGAAAUAGUAGGGAAAAUAGAGAUGGUGAUGAAUGAGAGUGAGAAAGGAAAGGAAAUUAGGAAGAAAGCCUUGCAAGUUAAGGAGACAAUUAAGAAUGCUCUAAGUGAUGAGGAAAAUUUUAAGGGUUCUUCCAUGAAAGCCAUGGAUGAAUUCUUGGAUGCUUGCAUUGAUGAGAAGAAGAUGAAAAUUCAAUAA